GGGAACAGCAGCAGCAGCAGCAACAUGGCGUGUAAGUUGAUCAUCCUGUCCGUGAUGGCGGCCGUGGCUAGCGCCGGGUACCUUGGUGCACCCGCCGUCUACGCCCCCGGUGCGCCUCUGGCUGCCCGAGGAUACGCCGCCCCCGCCUACGCUGCCCCCGCCUACGCCGCCCCCAUUGCUCGUUACGCUGCCCCCGUCGCUAGGGCCUAUGCUGCCCCUGUCGCCAGGGCCUACGCCCCAGCUGUCGCUGCCGCCCCCGCCGCUGUCGAGUACGACCCCCACCCACAGUACAGCUUCGCCUACAACGUCCAGGACGCCCACACUGGUGACUCGAAAUCCCAGCACGAGAGCCGCAGCGGAGACGUCGUCCAGGGCAGCUACAGCUUGGCCGAACCCGACGGUUCCAUCCGCGUUGUCGACUACACGGCUGACCCCGUGAACGGCUUCAAUGCCGUCGUGCACAAGGAGGCUGGAGCCCACCCCGCCGUCGCCGCCCCCGUGGCCGUCGCCCACGCCCCCGUUGCCGUCGCCGCCCCCGCCAGGGCUUACGCCGCUCCCAUCGCCAGGGCUGCCUACGCCGCCCCCAUCGCUAGGGGUGCCUACGCUCCCGCUCUGGCCUACGGUGGUGCCUACCAUGCGGGCGCAGUGACAGGACAGAGACAGCGAGCGACACAACACAGCAGCAUGGCCAGCAAGCUCAUUAUCUUCGCCGUGGUGGUGGCGGCAGCACACGCCGGCUACCUGGGCGCCCCCGCCGUCUACGCCCCCGGUGCACCUCUCGCUGCCCGCGCUUACGCCGCCCCCGCCUACGCUGCAGCCCCCGCCUACGCCGCCCCCAUCGCUCGUUACGCCGCCCCCGUCGCUAGGGCCUACGCCGCCCCUGUCGCCAGGGCCUACGCCCCAGCUGUCGCCGCCGCCCCCGCCGCCGUCGCCGCCGAGUACGACCCCCACCCCGAGUACAGCUUCUCGUACAACGUGCAGGACGCCCUCACCGGUGACUCCAAGGCCCAGCACGAGAGCCGCAGCGGAGACGUCGUCCAGGGCAGCUACAGCCUGGCCGAACCCGACGGCUCCAUCCGCACCGUCGACUACACCGCCGACCCCGUCAACGGCUUCAACGCCGUCGUGCACAAGGAGGCCGGCGCCCACCCUGCCGCCGCCGCGCCUGUCGCCGUCGCCCACGCCCCCGUGGCCGUCGCCGCCCCCGCCAGGGCUUACGCCGCUCCCAUUGCCAGGGCUGCCUACGCCGCCCCCAUCGCUAGGGCUGCCUACGCCCCCGCCCUGGCCUAUGGUGGUGCCUACCACGGUUGAUUUAUGAUAUGAUUAUGUUCCUUCGCUGUCAUUUUGUACAAAUGUAUGUAGUCAUAAGUGCACUUCAAUACAUACACAUUAAUAACUAA